UGCCUUCACCAACAGAGAUUGUAGUAACAUCUGAAAAUUUCAAAACAGUUUUGCAUUGGCAAUACCCACCUAUGCCUGAAACUCCUCAUUUUAUUGUGGAAAUCAAGCCUUACAAUUUAGGCUACUAUAAGAACGUCUCAACCUGUGUGAACACUUCAGCUCAUUUUUGUGAUCUCUCAGAGGAAAUAUGUGACCCUUAUAUAUCUCACUGGUUUCGAGUUAAAGCUGUUGUUGGGUCACAACAGUCUGAAUAUGUUGAGGCAAAUGAGUUUAUUUUGCAAAGGCUUGGAAAAAUAGGACCGCCAAAACUGAAUCUCUCAAGACAUGGUGAUAAAAUCCUGGUAGAUAUUUACCAUUCUGUAUUCCCUCUUUCUUGUAUUGAAGACAUUUAUUCAAAGCUUCAGUACUUGGUGACUGUUCGGGACGGUGAAAAUGAGACUGAAGAACUCUAUGAGGACAACUGUACAAUGCAUAAGUGUAGCCUCAAAAUCCCAGUUCAUACUGAGAGUUCCACUUACUGUGUUUCAGCAGAAGGAAUUUUUGAGGAUCUGAUGAUUGGCACUCCAUCAGAGGAAAUUUGCACUUCUGUUCCUCUCAACCAGACAUUGAGUACAUACCAUAUCAUCAUUCUGUGUGUUGUUAUUGGGAUGUUGACUGUAAUACCGACAGUAUAUUGUGGCUGCAAGAAACUAAGGAAAAACAACAUACAGCUGCCUAAGUCUUUGGUCAAUGUGAUGAGAAACCUGAACACAGGUGCCUUACUGGGACCAAGACCAGAGGGGAAGUAUUUAUCUGUACCAUCAGUCCACUCAGAGUUGCCAGUGACUGGUGAAGUAACCUUGCUGGAGAUAGAGCCAGAAGAACAAACUGUUAGUCCUGUGUAUUCUUGUGAUGGAGUAUCUUCUGUCCCUUCCCCAGAGGUACCAGCCAAAGCAGAGGAGGUGCCUGUGCAGGAGGACACAGAGGGGGUCUCUGUUGAUGCUGAUGAACAAAAUUGCAAAGUAAAAGGGAGUUACUUCAUUUCUAACAGUAACCAAAUGGAUAUAUGCAGUACAUCUUCAGGGUCAGAGAUUUCUACCGCAGAAACCCAGCAAAAAGUCGUUCCAAGCAGGAGCUUCAAGUUUUCUGGCUAUGACAAACCUCAUGUUCCAUUAGAAGAGUUGAUGAUAGAUGUUGGUGAAGAACAUCCUGUGAAUGCUUACAGGCCAACUGAGUAGCCAGGAUAACUGAAGUGCUUAACCACACCUGAGAAGGAACAGCAUUACUGAAGGUUAUGGAAAGUCCAGGAUAAAUUGUGAACAUCUCUAAGUUGUACUUGUUCUGAUCAGUACACAAUUGAAAAUAGUACCUGAAAAUGGCAUAGAAAGUGUGGGGAAAUUUCAUAACAAUCACUUUUUGAAAUGCUUUUAUAUAUGAUAUAACUCAUUAUUUCCUAUUUGAAAUAGUGCCAUGUUUUUUGCCAAUACUCUAUAGAAAACAUACCAUCAUCUAUAAAACAGCAGCUGUACCAUUUUUCAUUUCUGCUUCAAGUCCUGUUCAAUGUACAUAAUGUUUAAGAAAUCCUUCAGUUGAUUAUUACAGACGUGCAAGAAAUGUUUGAGAGUUUUUACCAUUAUUGGAGGUAUCCUCUUGCUUACCUCUUUCUUUUCAAUAGUGUUUUUAUAUUAAAUUAAAUGCUCCCA